UGUUGUUGUUGUAUUAAUGUGAGUGUUAUUAUUAUUAUCCCUUUAUUAUGGCUAACAUACAUUUAGUUUCUUCUUUGUUUAUUUAAAAUGAGGUAUAAUUCUGCACACCUAGUCAGUGUGUUUCUGACUGUGGUUCAAGAGUCUUUGUUCUCUUUGACAGUCGUAGAACUACUGCUUCACAAAAACAAAAGCACGUAUUUGAGCAGUAGUCGUAGCGAACAGAACAACAGAACAGCACAGCAGCUAAUCAGCGUCCACUAUUCCGAGUGGGCGGGGCUUUCAGCUCAGGAAUAUCUAACAAACUCAGUCACUCAGUGAGAACAGAAGAGAAUAAGGGUCGCGUGUGGUGUCGUCGUCUAGAAACGUUAGUGUUGACAAACAAACAAUAGUAGCAGUCGCAGUUGUACUAGGCUGAGACUCGCGUGUGUGUGUGUGUGUGUGUGCGCGCGUUUGUUGCCGCUGUUUCCCGGUGAAGGAGCUGCUAAUUCUCGGCGACGUUAGUCCUCAGGAGUUUGACAGCGGACAAUGCCUGGUAAAGACGCGGUGUCCGUGAAGCUUCAGCCCGACGGUGGCGACGUCGUCACAGUGGCUCCGCAGAAAUCCUUCCCGUUUGUUUUGAAGAAGAUCAUGGACAUCCCGCCUCCUAACAUCCUGGAGGAAGGCGACGAUGAAAUUGAAAAGGAGAAGCUGAGCACAGCUGAUGAUGUGGAGGGAGGCAGGGGUGAGGCAGCCAUCGCUGGUGGAGGUUCUAGAGGAGGAACAGGUGUUGGCAGUGGCGGCAGUGGAGGGGUAUCCGCCUCCUUGACCCCAGCCAUUUGGGAGAAGACCAUUCCCUAUGACGGGGAGACCUUCCACUUGGAGUACAUGGACCUGGAUGAGUUCCUCCUGGAGAAUGGGAUCCCAGUGAACCUGGAGGAUGAGGAGCUGCAGAAGACUCUUGCCUCAGUGGAGGGCAAAAGCAAAUCCAUCCCUAAGGUUGCUGCUACAGCUGCCCCUACUCCUACUAAUGAUGCUGCUGCUGCUGCUGCAUCCAUCCCUGCCUCAGCAUCUUCCCCCUCUGCCUCCGUCACCUCUACUGUCACCUCAGAACCAGAAGAAGCUGUGACCAUCACUACUUUACAAACAGCUAAACUAGAAGAUGAGGACAGAGAGGAGGAGGAGGAGGAGGAGGAGGAGCAGGAGCAGGAGGAACAAGAUCAAGAGGAGGAGGAGGAGGGACAAGAGGAGGAAUCAUUGCCUGAGGAAGCAAAAGUGGAGGUGAAAGUGGAGAAGAAAAACGAGCGCAACACACCCUCCCCUAUCGACCCAGACGCGAUUGAGGUGGACAUUAAUUUCCAGCCUGAUCCCACAGACCUGGUUCUGUCCAGCGUGCCGGGAGGCGAGCUGUUCAACCCCCGCAAACACAAGUUCUCUGACGAGGAGCUGAAACCGCAGCCUAUGAUCAAGAAGGCCAAGAAAGUGUUUGUUCCUGAUGAGCAGAAGGAUGAGAAAUACUGGUCUAGGAGGAAGAAGAACAACGUGGCGGCGAAGCGCUCUCGUGACGCGCGCCGGCUGAAGGAGAACCAGAUCACUGUGCGCGCCUCUUUCCUGGAGCGGGAAAAUGCCGCACUGAGGCAACAAGUGGCUGAGAUGCGGAAGGACUGUGGCCGCUGCAAGAACGUCCUGGCCCGCUAUGAGGCCAAGUAUGGCCCACUGUAAAGAAGUUAGCUUAAAUCUCAUAAAGUAUCAGCGAGACAAAAGCGGAACUCCCUUCCCCACAAAAUUCAACACAGACACAAAUUCCAAGGGAUUCUCAAUUUGCACUUUGCUGGCCUCCAGUCACUGUGUUCUGUGCUCCACUUGUUUUUUUUAAUGUGAUGCUGGAGUUUUGGAUACACACACUGGCAGGCAGUGAGGCAUGAUGGGAGUGGAAGUCACAGGAAGGCCUGUGGAGAGCGCCUGGCUCCUACAAUCCGAGACGAGGGUUGUGGAAACUCCCAUGGUCUGUCAAAAGUUGGUUUCAGGAAAGUUGGGAGGUAUGAAAAGAGCAGGCUGGUGCAAAGAAUCACACGCUGUUCCAUAAAACUCACAUCAUUCACUGCAUAGCAGUUCUUCCAAGUGGACCAAAGAACGAGAAACAAAAGUUGUGUAUUUAGACUGGCGCACAAGUGCAGUCCCUCACUUUUUCUUGUGCUGCACUUAGGUUUGUGUCUGUACUUCCUUUACAAUUCUCCAGCCGAGGCUCAGAAUAAGGAGGUUCAUAAACUCCUGGCAGGAUAUGUGAGGGACACACGGAUAAAUCAGGAGGAGGAUGCAGGUUUGCAGGCUUAAGGUGAGAGAGAAAUCAAAGACCUCAGGUCAGCGAAGGAGGAAAGGAGCGACAUUUGAUAGUGGCGUCAUUCAGUCACAGUUAGUCCCUUCUUGUAACUCACUUGCACACAUAUGCGCACACAAAAAUGCUGUUAAAGAAAAAACUUUAACAUUAUAUAUAUAUAUAUAUAUAUUCAUCUACCAGCACCACAUAAAUUUGUGUUCGUUUUCGCACUUUUUUCCUAAAAACACAUUGUGUAAAGAUAGUGGUAUCAGGUGUCAUAUUUACAGCAAGGACAGACGGAGACACAGCCGCUUAUAAAGGAGGGGGGAUAAAAAACUUGCAUGACUUUCAGUUUUAAGCUGCUGUGCUUCCUUUUCUACUAACCUCAGAUCAGCUUCCAGAGCCUCACACAAUAUUUUAUAAACAAACUUUGGAUUAAGAUGGUUGUUUUACAAAGAGAAAGUGUUUUUUUUCUGUAGGUUACUGUUUGCAGACAGAGGUCCAUGUCCGAUCUCCAUGUCCUCAAGGGCCCUCACUAGUGGAGGGGUAUGUUUUAUGUGUAGGGAUGUUUAUUGUACUGCACACUGCAAAGACAGGGCACCAGAGCCACUAUCUGCUCAUAGUGUAGUGAUGGCUGGAUUGAUUUAAAAAAGAAAAGUUGACUGCUUUUAAGUAUUUAAAUGAUUGUCUCAUGGUCUUUAUUUCCUACGACAGGAACUUCUGACUGUGUCUAUAUUAACCGUUACUAUUCCUUAUCUGCCAAAUAAUGAGUGCUGUAUUUAUUCUGAUGGUAAUAAUGCAUCUGUUGAUUGUGAUGUACAACAAUAUAUCAGACAAUUCCAUAUGCAGUACUGUGGAAAGGUCUUAGGCCACCAUUAGAUGCUGCAACACACUUUUAGAGGGGGGGGGGAAUAAUAUACAGGUUAAAGUGUCAAAUAUGUAGUGUUAUCUACACUUGCACUUGAACAAUAUGUCCUAUUACAUGUUGACUAUCUGCUGUGAAUAAGGUCUACAGUGGGUAUUUAACAGCUACAUUAAAAACAGAGCUGGUGGCGCCCUGAGACUUGUUCACAGUGCUGUUCUUUGAGAAACAAUACUGAAGAUAAAAACCAAUGACUAAGCAGGGAAUCAAACUAAUAUUUAUUUUAAAAACAGAUGUAUAUCGUUCUCGACACAUACAUACAUGCAUACAUACAGUGUGUGCACAGUCUUAUUUACCUCAUCCACUUGGAAUGGGUAAGCGUUUAGCAGGGCUACAGAGUGGUGUUGUGCAGCAGAGGGCACAUGCACAGCGGCUCAGUUCCAUUUGAGGUUCUAUUUUUUUGGCAAAAUGGCUGAGUUUGAGUCUAAAUUAGUUACAGGACUGAAUAUCUCAAGUGUCUUUGACUGAUGCUCGUGUUCAUCAUCGCCAUAACCUUGUGAAGGAAGCAAACGUGGCAAUAAUGCUCUGUUCUGUGAUGCUCGUUUAACUUCAGUGACGUGUGUGAAAUUGCUAUGAUGUUCUAAAUAUAAACGCCCCAAAGUCGUUUUUUUUGUGCUUCCAGUUCAGAUCCUCUGUAGUCUGGGAUCUUAAUGCAUGAAACCCUGUGAACUUGUAUGUUUUUCUUGACCUAUUAUACACCAAGUGUACUUAUGUUUGUAAUCCAUAACAGAAAACUAGAUGUCUUUUAAAAAAAAAAUUAAAAAAAUGGGUGGGUUUGGCGGUCUGUUUAAAGUUCUGUCAAGGGGGGAAACAGCAAAACAGCUAUGAUGUCUUGUUUUCACAGCUCAACCUCGGGGGUAAAGAUGAGUCUGUGUGGGUUGUUUUCUUUUUUUAAUUAAGAUUGAUCCAUAUGUAGACACUCUGGGUCACUGGUGCUUGUGUGUUUCUGUGUGUCAGUUUCCUGAUGGUGUAACAUAUAUAUAUAUAUACUCUGUAUAUAUAUUGGACAUUUCUCAAUCUGUUUUCCUUUGAAAUUUAAACUUUGCACCGUUUAUACGUCAAUGUAAUCGGUAAAUGUAAACCUUUUGUCAUUUUCUAACUAUAUGAACAUGUCCUGCAUCAGGCUGAGCAGAGGUACUUGCCAAGAAAGCCUUUUAGGAGGCAAUACAUCAUUUUAUGGUACAGUGUUGGCUUACAGUAUGUAGCAAUCUCUUUAACUGAUGCAAGGCAACUCGUGAGACUGGCUUGCAAUUGUUGAUCAUUAAGUUUCAGCAGGUCACAGAGUUUGACAUAGUAUGUCAAAGUGCACCAUGAAAAAGCAAUGGAAGUAAGAGCUGUGCAGAUGUAGUUGAGUUUUUCCACCUACAGACAAAGUAACAGCUACUGUACUUUUACACUUGUGGCAUUCUUUAAAUGGCAUAUUAUUUUGUUUGUUUCUUCUUUCCAGCAGCCAUUGUUGUUGUUUCUCUCAGGUGUCUCAUUUCUCACCUGUUAAGAAAAGAAAUAAAUAUGAUUGUUUUCGCCGCAUGUAUUUGUAACGGUGACCUUUACGUAUGACUACAUUAAGCUUUGUCAGGGAGUUUAUUCAGUUCCGAAAACUGGGCGUUAAAUAAGUAGCAGAUAAUUAAAAAAACAAAAGAAUUCUAUUCAGUGUUGCUCACACAGUGUGUACAAACUGCAGAUGGAACGCCACCUGCAGGUAACACAAGUGUGAAAAUACUAUUGUUUUCUUUGUCUAUCUAUAAAGAUAAACACUUGCGUUUUGGUCUGAAACCGUACUAGUUUCAGAUGCUUCGUUUCACUCAUACUGGAGUCUUGAUUACUUUUCAAAGUAGCUACAAUACCUGAGAAAUUUCUUUUUUUAAAAUGUCUAUUCUUUGGUGUUCUGCUUUAUUUUCUCUUUUUAUAUAAACAUGUUUUUGUAUUGUCCUAACCUUGUAUAAGAAACACACAACUACAGUGCCAUGUCCUAACUGACCAUGUGUAUGAAAUAAACUGGAAAUUAAUAACA